UUCAAAUGGAGGCGCGCAAUCUCGCGGAAUUCCUCGUUCCUCAGACAAACAGGAUCGGGAUUUGCCCCCAUCUUUUCCGGCUCGAAGUUCUUGAUUCCGCAGGAUAUUUUUCUCGAUUUUCCUAUCCUCGUUCCUACUUUCGGUUCGAUCUUGGUUCGUGAGUUCAUGUGAUGAAGAUCAUCUGGUAGUCCCUCUCUCUUUCUCUCUCUCUCGUGCGUGGGAGCUUGACUGGGGUUUUAGGAUUGUUCGGAUGGGAGCCACUGCCGAUUCCACGGGAGGGAGCGGCGUUCCGGCACCGGCGCCACCUCCGAAGAUUCUUUUGGCGAAGCCAGGCCGGGGCCGGGGAGGGGGAUCGAUAGUGAAAAUCGGCAGGGGGGAUGAGGAGCCCUAUGCCCGAUCUCGUUUGCCUCCCGGGUCCCUCAGUUUCGUGUCGGAUUCGUGGGAGGUUCAUCCGGAUCGCCUUUUGCCGUUUAUGUCAGAUAAUAGUGAGUUCACAGUCAUUGGAAUUAUUGGCCCCCCUGGAGUUGGCAAAUCGACCAUUUUGAAUGAGCUCUACGGCUAUGACAGCAGCACAACGGGAAUGCUUCCACCAUUUCCGAUUGAAACGGAGGAAACGAGAACGAUGGCACGACACUGCACUGUUGGCAUUGAACUCAGGGUCACCUCUGAGCGGCUUAUACUUCUCGACACUCAGCCUGUCUUUAGUCCUUCUGUCUUGGCUGAGAUGAUGAGGCCAGAUGGUUCUUCUGCAGUAACAGUACUAACUGGUGAAUCUCUGUCUGCUGAGAUGGCUCAUGAGCUGAUGAACAUUCAGCUUGGUGUUUUCCUAGCAUCCAUUUGUAACGUCUUGCUGGUGGUAUCAGAGGGACUUGAUGAUGUUAAGAUGUGGCACCUUAUGCUAACAGUAGACUUGCUGAAACAAGGUAUACCUGAUCCUUCUAUGAUGCCAUCAGCAAUAGGCCAUCCUCAGGGUCCCAGCCCAGCUCAAGAGAAGGAAGAAAGGGAGAAUUUUCAGGAAAGAAGUGUGGAGUUUAUGGCUGACCUUGUUUUCAUACACUCAAAGUUAAGGGACCAGGAACUCUGCCCAAACAACAUUACGUUGUUGAGACAGAUGCUCUCGCAAUAUUUUGACACUUCGUCAUUCAGGACAGAGGGUUCAGAGCCACUAAGAACUAAAAGUGAAGAUGAGACCAAGAUGCAUAACGACUCCUUAGAAGCUGAGACGAGAAAAUCUGAGCAGAAUGGGUUGGUGAAAAAUCUGUUCUUUUUGCCAUGCAAGGUUCAUGAAGAUUCACAAAAGGGCCAGUAUGAAAGUUAUUCUUCCAUGCUUGGGAAGCUUCGUGAUCAGGUACUAACCAUGCGGGGAAGACCUUUUGGGAAGCCUAUGUCAGAGCGUGACUGGUUGCGUAACUCAGCACGGAUUUGGGAGAAGGUGAAAAAAUCUCCUGUAAUUGCUGAUUACAGCAAGUUGCUCCUGAAUUCGGGGAUGUUUAGGAAGUAGUAGCUGUUGUUUACUAAGUUAAUUUGUUUUACCCUAUUGAAUGACAGCAACAAAGUGCAUCAACUUCCUAUUUAUUUGAUUUUGUUUCCUACCAUUCAGAAUUCUCUUGCAGCAAACAUAGCAAAUGGUAUGAACCAUUUGGGUUAUACCGUUAUAGUUCUUGUAUGAUUGUAGUUUAAUGACAUUGAUAAUGGGUUAUACUCCA